UUGGCUAUAAAGACACUGCAGCAUAUAUCUCCUCUCUUCCUGAUUGCUUCCUUCCUUGCUUUGCUUUGCCUGCCUGUCCAGCUUGCUUUGAAGACUGAAAAAAGAAAAGAGAAAUGGGGAAUUGCCAAGCUAUUGAUGCAGCAACUCUAGUAGUUCAGCACCCAUGUGGGAAAGUUGACAAGUUUUAUUGGCCUGUGAGUGCUAGUGAGGUUAUGAGGAUGAACCCUGGUCACUAUGUUGCUCUUCUUAUCUCUACCACCUUGUAUCAUUCAAGUAACAAUGAUAAAUGCCCAGAAAACAGCGCCAACAAUGUCAACCCUGUUCGUUUAACUAGGAUUAAGCUUCUCCGGCCCACUGAUACUCUUGUUCUUGGCCAGGUUUACAGGCUCAUCACCACUCAUGAGGUUAUGAAAGGGUUGUGUGCAAAGAAACAUGCAAAGAUGAAGAAAAACCAGCAAGAAUCGGCAGAGAAGCCAUAUGACAAGGCUGGCCUGAGGCCAGAGGUAAUGGGAACGAGAUCUGAACCAGAUAAGGAAAAUAAGGUGAGCAGACAUGAAAGACACCAGCCAAGAUCAACAACAUCAAUCAACUCUGCUGCCAGAUCAAAGACAUGGCAGCCUUCAUUACAAAGCAUCUCAGAGGCUGCAAGCUAAGGAUGUGGGAUCUUGCCACACGCUGCAUAAGAGACAGUGAGAGAGAAGCACCACUUGGCUCUAGCCGCACAGAAAUCCUGGCUUCUUUUAACCUGUAAAAAGCAAUACAGUUUCUCACUUUAGGACGCAGGUAGCAAACCAUGAAAAAUCACAAACUGUCUUCAAGAAGCGAAUCUGAGCAAUGCAUAAUUGUAUAUCAAAAGGGUGAAAUUAAAACCCCAAAGUGUUGUAAUCCACCAUUGUUAAGUAAUGAAACUGAGUAUUAUUCCCUAAUAUAGCAGAUUAAUAUAAUAUAAAUAAUACCUGAAAAAGAAUAGGGUUCUUUAAUUAUUAAACAACAUGCAGUGUCAUCUGUCAUGGCUGCAUCGCAGUUAGUUUUACAGGUGUAAACCAGGUAUUUAAUUUCAGGAAUAGGGCAGCUAUGAAUUGAGAGGAGAAUAUGAAUAUCACUAUUCCAGUACCCGAGGGAGCUACACGUCAGCAAUACUUGUUCUUGCAGGUAGGCCAGAUGUCAACAACAAAUGGGCUACUAAAAUACAAGGAAUCGAGGUUGUAAUAAUUGUAUUGAAGGACCAUUACUUUUCUCCUAUAUGGUCCCCAAA